AUGACCUCUAGGUUGCGCGGAUCUCAGCUCAUCACUUGCGCGACCAAGUGCAAGGAGGACAAAGAAUGCUGGGAAAAAUGCUCAGUCUUUUGGAAGGGCCUGCGAAAGGACUGCACCGAAAUGGUCGAGAUCAUGGGCUGCCAUAAGCAGUGCCACCAUGACAACGCCUGCCAUCGCGACUGUCCUCGUCCCAAAAUGCUAUGGCUGAAAGAGAAAGUGGAGGCAUCUAUGGCUUGCCACCAUGAGUGUGGCGCUAACCGCGACUGCCACCACAAGUGCCAAUGCCCCUUUGCCGAGAUGAAGGAGAAGUGUGAAACGCUGGGCGCGGAAGUGGGGAGCCGGAAGGUAAAGAAUGUCGACUCCAAGCCGAUGGCGGUCACAGUGUAA